AUUUUGAAAAUGAGCCAAGAAAAAAUUGACAUAUUUGAAAGUAAGUUGUCAGAAGAGAGAGAAAGGAGAAAGCAAUCGACAUCUGAUCUUAAUACUGUACAGAAGGCUUUGAAAGUUGAUAGUGAGGAGGUGCAAAAAUCAAGGUCAGAACUUAUAUGCCUUUAUAAUGAAAUUCAAAGUCUUCCAAGGGCAGCAGAAGACAGAGACCAUUAUUUAAUAACAUAUGACCUGCUACAAAGAGAGAAUUCUGAAUUAGAAACAAAGGUCUUGAAGCUUUCACAAGAAUUUGAACAAUUAAAUCAUUUUACUGUAGAGAGAAAAACUGCAGCUACUAAUUUAAUUACAGGUGAAAAUAUCUGUAAAGAUCUUGUGUCUAAAGAACCAAUUUUGGAAGUAGAGAUUCAAAGCCCAAAGGAAGAGGAAAAGGAACUCUGUCCUGAACUAGGAGAAAGUAAGCAGAAGGAAAUUCCUGAGGAGUCAGUAGAGGAGGGCACUUUGCCAAAAGAGAGGCAGGAGGAGGAGGACUCACAACAGAACCAAGAUAUGAAAGGUGGAGAACAACAGUUGACCUUGAAGCCUGAGGAAACUGUGAGGCUUAGACAAGAGCUGAAUUGUGUAAAUCGGAGCUUCCUUCCAUCUCAGAGCUCUGGGGAUAAUUCAGAUGACAGUGGUACCCAGUAUCCAUCAUCUGGAGAAAAACAGAAAUACCAGCAGCGAGAGGAUGUACAACAGCUUCGCCAGAAUUUACACCGGCUCCAGAUUCUGUGCAGCUCAGCCGAAAAAGAGCUCCGGUAUGAGCGAGGAAAGAAUUUGGACUUAAAGCAGCAUAAUAGCUUACUUCAGGAAGAAAGCAUUAAGAUCAAAAUUGAACUAAAGCAGGCCCAGCAGAAGUUAUUAGAGGGUACAAAGAUGUGCUCUUCACUCACGGCAGAAUGGAAGCACGGUCAGCAGAAAAUCAGGGAACUGGAGCUGGAGGUACUUAAACAGGACCAGAGCAUUAAAUCACAGGACAACCUGAAGGAAAAGCUGGCUCAAGAGAAAUCAAAAGUCGCUGAUGCAGAGGAAAAGAUUUUGGAUCUGCAGCAGAAAUUAGAACAUGCUCAUAAAGUCUGUCUCACAGACACUUGUAUUUCGGGACAGAAGCAACUAGAGGAAAGGAUAAAGGAAGCACUAGAAAAUGAAGCUAAGACAAAGCAACUAUAUGAGGAGGAACAACAGAAGAGGAAACUCAUAGAUCAGAAUGUAAAUGAGCUACGAAAGCAAGUGAGAAUCUUACAAGAUAAAGGGAAUCAACUGGAAAUAACCAGUUCUCAGCAACAAUCCAGAAUUCAUCAACAGGAGGCCAAACUUAAAAAAUACUUGGAAAACAAGAAAGAAAAAUCGGAUGAGCAUCUCAAGAGCAAUGGAGAACUGUCAGAAAAGCUGUCCAAGUUGCAGCAAGAGAAGGAAGCACUGCGUAAAGAAUAUGUGCAACUUCUGAAGCAGAUGGAUGCCCAUAUGAGAAACUUCAAUGAGAAACAUCACCACCACAAAGUCAAGCUUCGCCGAGUCAAGAACCUUUUACUUCAGGAAGUAGAACUGCGAGACAAGAGAAUUGAGCAUUUGGAAAAUGAAGUCAGAAUCCUGCAGCACCAAGUGGAAAAGGAGAAGGCAUUCCAGGACAAGAUCAUUGCUCAAAAUGAUUUACUGCUCCUAGAGAAAAGGAGCCUUCUGGAAAAACUCACAGAGAAAGAAGAAUUGAUCAAGAGCAAUAAAGGGGUAAUAUCUUCAGUCCAGAACAAAGUACUUCUCCUGGACAAAGAAAAUAAGCAUUUGCAGGAAACCAGUCUCUGGCUCAAACACCAGGUUGGCUUCUUAGAGAGUAUCAUAAAGAACAUCCAGAUUAGCAGAAAAGAGGAGACAAAAAUUAGUAACAUCCCUGAAUUUGAAGUAUUUUAUAAAAUCUUGCCCCUUCCAAACUCCAGUUUUUCAGGAACAGGUUUGGUAGAGUCAGAUGGAAGUCUUCAAGGGCUUGAAGAAAAUAAGUCAGAAGAAGCAAUGCCAAACCCCAAGUCCUCCAAGUCUCUUUCAUGUUGACAGAAUUCUAAAGCUGGAUAUGUAAAUGUGCCUUUUCUUAAAGAGACACAUUGCAUCGUAGAACAAGACCCGAAGUCAGAACUAUAAAAUCAUUGGUGGCUAAACUAGGCUGAUCAAAGCUGCUAACUUAAAGCUUGGGCAUGAAGGUGGAACAUGACAUGGAGAACAGUUACCACAGAUCCUCAUGGGACAUCAACCAGGAGCCUUCAGAAUUACUGAUAAAUUCAUUAAACCAGUUGUAAAAAUGGA